AUGGGAGGAGCAGUAGAUCCAGGAGCAAGUUAUAGUAAAAAGACAGCAUUCAUUUAUAUAUUCAACUUGGUUGUUGGUAUUGGUGCACUUGGUCUCCCUUUGGGUGUAAGACAAGCAGGUAUUGUACUAGGUACUUUGUUUCUAGCAUUCUCUGGUUUCUUGGCAUAUGUAACAACACAAUGGAUUAUAGAAGCACAAGCAGCAGCCAACUUUAUCUUAAAGACUAAAGAAGAUGAGAAUCAAGUUCUAAUCAAUCACGAAUCAUCACCACCCAACGUAGCAAAUGAUUUUGAAAUUGUUCAACGUACCGAAGUAGGUUUCAUGGCAAAGCUAUUUCUCGGUGAUAUAGGUCAUAAGAUAUUCUAUGUUAUUUUAAUUAUUUAUUUAUUUGGUGAUUUAGCUAUUUAUGCAGCAACAGUACCAACUAGUUUGGCAACUGUUACUGGUGGAUUUUCGAUUGGAUCAAUUCAUUUUACCGAUGAUUCUGUUUAUUACUUUUAUCUUGUACUCUUUGCAAUGUUUGUCGUACCAUUUUCAAUGUUUAACUUUCAAAAGACAAAAUACCUCCAAAUUGCUACACUCUUUACUCGUAACUUGGCAUUCUUUUUAAUGAUUAUCCUAGCCAUCAUCUAUAUUGCCCAAGGUAAUGGUGCCAAAUCAAGUGAACUUCCAAUGUUUGAUAUAACUCAUCUACCAAAAAUGUUUGGUGUUUCAAUUUAUGCUUUUAUGUGUCAUCAUUCUUUGCCAUCAAUUAUUACACCAAUUGAAAAAAAGAAUAGAUUACCAUAUCUUUUAGGAUUUGAUUUCAUUGCUAUUUUCAUUGCCUAUGCUACAUUGUGUAUUACUGCUAUGUAUGCUUUUGGAAAUGUAACCAAUCCAACAUGUACUCCAAAUAAUAUUCAUACAUUUAUUCCAUGUACUAUUCAAUCACUUUAUAUUUUUAAUUUUUCUUCUUAUAAUAUUAAAAUAUUUGCAGACUUUUUAGCAUUAUUCCCUGUAUUUACAUUAUCAACCAAUUAUAUUUUAAUUUCAAUUACCCUUAGAAAUAAUUUAAUGCAAUUGAUUAAAUACAAAGAGGAUACAUCUAGACAGUUCCUGCGUGGAGCUAUCUUUUCAGUGGUAUCAUCUCUUGUUCCAAUUGGCAUAGCAUUCAUCACUAGAAAUGUAGAUUUCCUCGUCAGCAUUACCGGAGGCUAUGGUGGUUUGGGUAUCAUAGAAAGAAAGAGAGAGAGAAAAAGGGACUAUAAUAUAUUAAAAAAAAUGGAUUCUAAGGAGAUACAAUGGGCAAAGAAACUAUUAUUAGAUCGUAAACAAUUAAGUUUUGAAUCGUUUGAUGAUUGGAAGAAUGGAGUGUUGUUGCUAAACAUAUUAGAGAUUAUAACGGCAAAGAAACUGCCGUCAAAGGGGUACCCCAACCCAAGAAGCAGAAUUCAGUCGAUUGAGAACAUCAACAUUUCUUUUGCCUUUAUGGAGUCGUCUGCAUUGAUGCUUCCCAAGUGCUCACCACAAGACUUUGUCGAUGGCAAUGAAAAGAGUAUUCAAAGUAUCAUCUACAGACUCUACCUAUUGUCAACGGGAAAGACAAGUUCUGCAUUAUUCUAUACUACAAAGCAGCAGCAACCUACUACCAGUACUGGUAGUAGACAUAUUAAUAAUACACCAGUCAACAGUAGAGGAAUGAUUCAUUCAGAAUCAACAGAUAGUUUGGGUUUUGAACCUAUCCUCAAUAGUAUUAAUUCUAUUAUUAAUACUCUCAAUAAUAAUAGUAACGGUAAUAAUAAUAAUAAUACUGGUGCAGUGGUUGCAACGGUUGCUGGUAGUCGUGAUCAACAACAAGAACUGUCAAUGUCAUCGAUGGGAGCUUCUUCUUCUUCUUCAACCUCAUCCCCAAUAUCAUCCACAUCCACUACACCAAUUCCAAGAUCAACAUCAAGUGAUUUUAAACAAUAUUCAUCAAACAAACCAAACUUAUCACCCGCUAUCCCAUAUAAUAAUAGCAAUACAACGACAAUACCUCCAAGACCUCUCUCGCGUCCACCUUCUAUUCAAUCACUUGAUUCUUCAUCAUCCAAUGAAAUCAAGAAAUCACCAUCAAUCAAUUCAUUGUCACCAUCCAGUUCACCUGAAAAGGAUUCGAGUAUAAAGAGAUGGAGAACAAUCAAUCAAAAAGAUAGACCACAAUCUGGUACUGGAUUUAAUCUUGCUGGAUCUAGAACCAGUUUUAUCGAUAUGAAAUCAGGCAACUCUCAUGAUUUUAGAAAGAGUUUGGCUCAAGAGUUGGAACAAGCUGACAGUAGUCUCUCAUCUAGCACAAUCACUCCAACGAUUCAACAACAAAAGCAAUCGGCAUGGUUCUCAACCAAAGCAGGUAGUACCGAUAAAUUGGUUAGAAGAAAAGUAUAUUUAAAACAAAUUAUCGAUACUGAAAGAUAUAGUGAUCCUGAACUAUUACCAACCAUUAUUCGUUGUCAAUGUAUUGUUAGAACUUGGAUUGCAACUAGAAUUGUUAAAAAAAGAAUUAAAUUCCAUAAUCAUAGAAAUAGAGUAUUUAAAGAAAUAUUAUCAUCAGAAGAGAAUUAUAUGGGAGGAAUUGAAAUGAUUGUAAAUGUGUUUUAUCAACAAGUUGUUUGGAAUAAUAAGGUGUCACCAACUCCAUACUUGACCCAAGACCAGAUAAACACUAUCUUUUCAACAGUCAAGGAAAUAUAUUCUUUCAACAGAGAGUUGAUUACCCGACUACGUGAACGUUCAAAAAACUGGGAUCAUCGUCAAAAGAUUGGUGAUAUUUUUGUGACACUUGCUCCAUACCUCAAACUGUACAAGACCUAUUGUCUAAACUAUGACACUGCCAUUGAAUGUCUCCAACAAGCCAAGAAAAACGAGACAUUCAAGUUGUUUAUCAAGGCUUGUCUAGACCACCCCGAAAACAAUAUGAAGCAGAGUCUCGAGUCGCUGCUCAUUACGGUCGUGCAGAGAAUCCCAAGAUACAUUCUCUUGUUGCAAGAUUUCUAUCGUAAUACUUGGAAAGAUCAUUGUGACUAUGACAGUUUGGCAUUGGCACUCAAGAAUGUGCAACAGGUUGCCGACGAGGUCAAUUCAUCCAUCAAGAUGGCCGAGUCGCAGAGCAAGGUGUUGGAGAUCCAGAGAUCUCUGAUUGGAUGGGAUGAAGAGGCCGAAUUGGUUCGUCCAUCACGUCACUUUAUCAAACAAGGGUUGGUCUAUCAGUGCCAGCUCGAUCAGCGAUUCCAAAAGGACAAGGAGGAGCUUGUCUGCUUUUACUUUAACGAUGCCAUUUUGUUGACCGAGAAAAAGGCCGACAAGUAUCAACUCAAAUUCUUUUUCGAAACUGCACAUCUCCGUGUCAAAGACGUUGAGGACAGUGCUGUCAUCCAAAACGCUAUCCAUCUCAUCUACAAUGGAACCACUGCCUUUGUAUCACUCCACACCCCAGAGUUGAAAAAAGCAAUGAUCCAGUUUAUCGAUAAAUCAAAACCAAGAUCAAGUAGACUCACCGUUGAUAUUUCCGAUGCAUCCACUAUCACAAACAUGGCAAAUAAUGCUGCUUGGUUCACAGUUCAAAUCAAGAAAACUGAAAGUAAAAAAAUUCAAGGAAAGAAACCUUUUACUGUAUAUUAUAUUGAUAUAUUAAAUGAAAGUACAGGAGAACAAUAUACAAUAGAAAAACGUUAUAGUGAUUUUGAUAGUUUAAAUAACAAGUUGAAAAAGAAAUUUUCAGAUUCCAAUUUGAAAGAAUUGCCAAAGAAACAUCUUUUAAAUAACCUUGGUACAAACACGGUAGAGUCACGUAGAAUCAUUAAAUACCUUUUGCAAUUCAUCUCUCCCAAAGCAAAUCUUCAGAAAUCAACUUCCCAAUCUUCAAUGGCCGAUGAAGCAUCAUCAAUUAAUAAUAAUAAUAAUCCCUCCCUCCAAACUCAACUAUCUGAUGAUAAUUUAAUUCACAAUAACGAGGAAGAAGAUUAA